CUCCACAACUCAAGCUUGAAGGACUAAACCUACAACUUAAACCUGCCCUACAAGUCCUUCUUGCCUCCCUUUCUCAACAACUCUUUUGUUGUUCCACCCACAUAAUCAAUAUGUCUCCGGCUGCCACCGAAACUGCCAUCGAGUCGACCGAUGCCCCCAAGAGGGCAUUCGUGACGUUCUUGGCCGGUAAUGGAGACUAUUGGAAAGGUGUGGUUGGAUUGGCAAAGGGUCUCAGAAAGGUCAAGACCGUCUACCCUCUCAUUGUAGCUGUCCUGCCUGAUGUUCCCGAAGACCAUCGCCAGAUUCUCGAGUAUCAGGGAUGCAUCGUCCGAGAAAUCGAGCCUGUUUACCCCCCUGCAAACCAGACUCAAUUUGCGAUGGCAUACUAUGUUAUCAACUACUCAAAGCUUAGGAUUUGGGAGUUCGUGGAGUAUGAGAAGCUGAUAUAUUUGGAUGGGGACAUUCAAGUGUUUGAGAACAUCGAUCAUCUGUUCGAAAUGCCAAAUGGAUACUUCUACGCCGUGAUGGACUGCUUCUGUGAGAAGACAUGGAGUAACUCACCGCAGUACAAGAUUGGUUACUGCCAGCAAUGCCCUGACAAAGUCAAGUGGCCUGUUGAGGAAAUGGGAAACCCACCCCCUCUUUACUUCAACGCUGGAUUUUUUGUGUAUGAACCCGACCUCUUCACCUACAAGGAUCUUCUCGAAACUUGCAAGGCCACCACUCCAACCUUGUUUGCCGAGCAGGACUUUCUGAACAUGUACUUCAACGACAUUUACAAACCCAUUCCUCCCAUUUACAACCUCGUCAUGGCCAUGUUGUGGCGUCAUCCCGAGAACAUCGACGUAGACAAAGUCAAAGUUGUCCACUACUGUGCGGCGGGAUCAAAGCCGUGGAGGUACACAGGAGAGGAAGAGAACAUGGACAGAGAAGACAUAAAAAUGUUGGUGAAGAAAUGGUGGGAGGUUUAUGAAGAUGAAUCUUUGGACUACCAAAAUGUUAUCAAAUCUGAAACCAAAGAAGCAACCAAGCUCGCGCCUUUGGUCUCCGUGUUGUCGGAGGCUGAAGUUGUCAACCAUAUCACAGCUCCUUCUGCUGCUUAAGUUAUAUAUACAUAUAUAUAUAUAUAAUAUGUAUGAGUGUUUGUGGUGUGAGGCCAAAUAGUAUUAUUAUUAUUAAGCUUAUUAUAUUAUGUAUGGUAGCUCAGGUGGGGGUUGUUUUGUCCUUUGUGCAUGCAACUCCCAACCUUGUUCAUGGCUACACUUCAGUUUCCAAAUUUUAUGAAUAACCCUGCUUUUAUGUGUC